UCUCUCACUCAUUCACUCAUCAUCUUCAUCUUCAUCACUAACUCACUAACUCACUGGCUCACUCCAGGCGUCUCUCGCCCUCUUUCGUUCGUACGAUAACCACCAACGUCAGAAAACAAUAUUUCAAAGACUGACUUGGUUAGAAGUUGAACAUCAAUAUCUUCUCUCUCUUUCUCUCUCUUCUCACUCUUGUAUAUAUAUCCACAUAUAUAUCUAAAGUUAUAUCUUAUCUAUGUUAUGUACAAAAAGGAUAGACCCAAAUUAAGUGUAACAGCACUUUUAUACCAAACUUCAAGUCCAAAUACUUGGGGCCAACCAAAUUCACCUUCACCAGUUGCUAAUGGAAAUACCGUUGGGCUACCUGGUACUCCUGGUAUCAACUCACCAACUCCCAUUAGCGGACCCACAACGUUAACUUAUCCUGGUAACGGAGACAUAGGAGGAGGAUUAAACAGUACUCAAUAUACACCAGGUCCACCAAGUAACUCAAUCAGCUUACCAUCAACACCAGUUGCCUCACCUUCACCAACACCUCGUUAUCCUCCAAAUCAUCCCUUGAGCGGAUCUAAACAUCUCUGUUCAAUAUGUGGUGAUAGAGCAUCUGGUAAGCAUUAUGGAGUGUACAGUUGCGAGGGUUGUAAGGGUUUCUUUAAGAGAACCGUUCGCAAGGAUCUUACUUAUGCCUGUCGUGAGGAAAAAAAUUGCAUUAUUGAUAAACGCCAGCGAAAUCGAUGUCAAUACUGUCGAUAUCAAAAAUGCCUCAUUAUGGGUAUGAAACGUGAAGCUGUCCAAGAGGAGCGACAACGGAAUAAGGAUAAGAAUGACAAUGAGGUAGAGAGCACGAGUACAAGUCAUAAUGAUAUGCCAAUUGAAAGGAUUUUGGAAGCUGAACUACGAAGUGAACCUCGAAAUGAUAAUCUUGAUCUCAAUGAUUCAAUACCAAACAUUUGGCAAGCAGCUGAUCGUCAAUUAUAUCAAUUGAUUGAAUGGGCAAAGCAUAUACCGCAUUUUUGUGACCUUCCAAUCGAAGACCAAAUAGUUUUAUUGAAAAGUGGUUGGAAUGAACUUUUGAUCGCUGGUUUCUCUCAUGCAUCUAUGAAUGUUAAAGAUGGUAUUGUUUUGGCCACUGGACUUGUGGUACAUCGUAAUUCAGCACAUCAAGCCGGCGUAGGUGCUAUUUUUGAUAGAGUAUUGACUGAACUGGUUGCCAAGAUGAGGGAACUGAAAAUGGAUAAGACUGAAUUAGGUUGUCUUCGAUCUAUUGUACUUUUCAAUCCCGAAGCGAAACAUUUAAAAUCAAUUUCCCAAAUUGAACUGUUGAGGGAAAAGGUUUAUGCGGUUUUUGAAGAUUAUUGUAAAUCAACUUAUCCUGAACAAGCAGGUCGCUUUGCUAAACUGUUGCUUCGUUUACCCGCUCUUCGAUCCAUUGGCCUUAAAUGCCUUGAACAUCUCUUUUUCUUCAAGCUCAUUGGAGAUACGCCUAUUGAUAAGUUUCUUCGUCAAAUGCUGGAAAACACUUCCGACCAUUAAAUUAUAAAUCUAUAAAUAAAUUGCUAUUCUAUCACUAUAUACCAA